AUUCCCCAGAGCCUCGUACUGAGGUCCAUUGUUUUAGGCUGAAUUUUAAUAUAUCGAAAUUGGUCUAUUACAACAAUUGUGUUUUAAAAACUCCUUCUUGGCUAUCACUUAUAUUGUGUUCUUGAACCAGACUCAUUACUACCACGACUUCUCUUGGCACUCAGGCCGGGGUUGUUCGAAAGGUGGAUAACGCGUCGCUAUCCACCGGAUAAAUCACUAUCCAGCGGAUACAUACAUGCAUACAUACAUAAACUUUAUUUGAGUGGCGGAGUAUAGCAAGGGUUGUCUUGUUAAUACUUAUCCGCUGGAUAGCGGUUUAUCCGGUGGAUAGCGUUUUCCAUCUUUCGAACAACUGGGACCUGACGUAUAACUCGAAUAGCCUUGGAAACCUGACAAUUGGUAGGAUGUUUUGUUAUGGGGUGGUUUCCCAAAGGGCAGAGGGAGUACUGCAAUACAAUGUACUCCUAGUCGUUGACGGUCUUGGAACCGGCGUAAAGCGAGGCCAGCAGUGAUGAACCCUUUCUCCGCUUAAGCCUGUUUUGAGCUACUUUGGCCUUGUAAGCUGGGGGAAAAGAAAGAUGAGCCAACAAGCUACGCCUAUCAAAGACUUUGUUUUUAAAUUCGCUCAAGGGGCAUGGCAAUUAGAUAAAGAAUUGAGUUGUGUUAGUCCAAUGACAAUAUGAGCGAAACUUAUGGAGCCCAGGUGGAAGCUCUCUUUGCCACCAAAGUCAGGAAGGGAGUCCAGGGCGGUUUGAGCAACAGCGGCACUCGAGAUAGAAAGGUUCUCUUUUAUAUUCACAGCUUGAAUAAACGUACAGGCAGCUUACUGAUAAGAUUCUGGUACAGGAUAAGUACACAAAGGGAAAAAUUCCUGCUGUCUUGCAUUUUAUCAAGGGACACUGAGAAAUGCGAUGCUGGGAAAGUGUGAAUCGUAUUAAUGACCUCCCUGUUAAAAUUCAGCAAGUAAUCAUUUGAAGCAUAUGAACAGCCCUAAAGGAUUGGUUUGGUCCAACGCGGUAACUGUUCUGAUUCAUCAUUCAAGUUAUAUUGUCUCUGAAACAUUGGACACUCUAUUCUUCAAGAUUUCCGGAAAUUUAGGAAAGGGACUGAAUGGAUCAGAAAAUUUUCAGGGGAAGUUUCCAAAAAAUCUCAAAACUGUAUGCGAACCAUUUACAUCCAAAAGUGGACAGAAAUUUCUUGGAGGAAAUUUUCGCAAUAUCGCGAGGUUUUCGUCACGCAAAUGCUGUCAGUAUGAAAAUUUCUUGGGGACAUUUCAUGAUUUUAACAUAUGUGAAAAGUGCACUUGACCGUGAUGAUCUGGGAUAGAGUUUCGUGUUUGGCGGCCAUCUUUGGUGGUGAAGAAAGAGAAUCUGGUGGCAAACGUGCUUUACUUUCGAAUGGAAAUGUUUCCGUUCUUUAUUUGAAUACCCAAACACUCAGUUUAAUAUUCAAAAGUGCUCAAGAUUGGAAAUUCGUGGAAAAUGUGGAGAAACCUUGCCAAAUUCCCCCGCUUGGUUAGUUGGUCGAAUGGUAGUCUUGUACCAAGGCGUCAUUCUUCAAGAUCAGAGUUUGAUGUAGUAAUCUUAGAGCCGAUGAAAUUGCGGAGAUACAGGUGUUUUGCCAGAUGCAAAGAGCCAUUGUCUGGUCUCGAACCGCUUAAGACGUUUUACCACGAAUUGGAUCUCUUCCAAGUUCGUUUUAAACAACCCAACGUGUUGUUCCUGAGAAGUGAACUGAUUCUUCAGCGGCUGGAAUACUUAAAGCCGUCAGGAUUAUUGCCAAGACAGAAGAGAAAGCUCAUUGAGCGGUCUCCACCAGUUGUCGUCUUUACUGAGGACUACGAUAAAAAGACGGUGAAUUAUCUACGCGGACUGAUUCGCACGCAGAAGGACGGUGUAAUGGAGAAUGCCCACUUGUUUCAUCCAUGUGUCAGAAUGAUAUCAAUGUCAAAACGCGAACUCGAUAGUCGUUUAAAAACUAUUACAGAGGAACUUCGGAUGGCUCAGGAAUCAGCCUUAAAGAUGCUUUUGGAAUUGCCCUGUUUCUUGCUUCACAACACCGAAGCCUCGCCAGCAGACAAGUUUGUUGUCCUACACAAGUAUGAUCUCCCUGCAGGUUACAACUUAGAUAAUCAUACUGCUCGCAUUUAUCCUCCUAUCCUUUCUGCUGGUCUUGAAAUAAAUCCCAGACUGUUCAGAAGAGAAUCUGACGAGGAACUGGCCAAAAAGUUUCCAAAAUUUUUUCUUGGAGAUUUAUUGGAUUAUUCUUAUCCAACCCACCAUGGAAGAGGGAAGCCAGAGGACUUAACUGAAUUUCUUAUUGGUGCUGAAAGAAGAGAACUAAGGCCAAAGUACAACAGAGUAAUUUAAAAAGAAGAAAUUUCUCCAAGCUGUGAUGUGCAUUGUUGAAUUAAACGGUGAAAACUCUCUCUAGCAGAAUUUACUUAUACUGAUUUUCAAUCUCUUAUCCCAUUUGCAAUAUUAUGUGUGUGCAAUUUGAACAGGUUAAAAUAAAGUUAAAUAAUUGGUAUCAACAAAUUGGAGCAAUCAUUUCACUGAAUGAGAAUGUUAUGACCUUCAGGUUCAGUUGGCUGAUCAUCAAGUUUCAAUCAGCUGAUGUCUAAGCUGGUAGAAACCACAACAAGAAGUGCAACUGUCUUAGCAUUGUCUUCUCCUUCAUGUGUUGUGCCUCAAAUAUUUUUGCAAUAGGGAGUCUCUGUACGUAGAAAAACUAUUGUACAACUCUGUCAAACUUUGUCCAUAAUUAACAAAUGAAGCCUAAUCCGUGUAUUAACAAACUGUCUGUCAUAAAAAGGAUAGAAAUUUGAGAGCCAUAGGUUCAUAUUUUCUACAGUUUUGUAGUGUUGUCAUGUUCCAGCCAUGCUUUACGACAGUAUAUUAUGCCAAGCUUCCUUAUAUACUUGAUGUCUUUGUUUUAUUUAUGCACUUUCCUAUAAAGCAUACUCCUUCGUGAUUUGAGAAAACAGAUUUGUAGCCUUUGGGAUUUUGCACCGAAUCCAAACAGUACUUUGUAUGUAAAGCAGUUAAAGAUUAAAGAAUACGGAAAAAAGUUACACUGAAAGCUUAUUUUUGUUGGACUGGAGACAUUACUUUUAGAUUUUAGAAAAACACAUUAAAUCAGCCAUCAUGGUGAAUUUGGAAAGUCAAGUUUUUAUGAUUAUUUCUAGGCGACAGCUACAAAAUGUGCCAAGGUGUAAAGCUCAUGGACAAACAUUGACACUGUUUGCCUUUUAUUAACUGAAAUAUGAUGUUUUAGUCAAUAUUUCCUCAUUUAUUACAAAACAGAGAAACCUGCAGUUAACUGUACAUGAGACAAUUGUUACAUCACUCACUGGUUAGCAAAGCUGACUUAAAGAAAUUAACUCACAAAUUUUAGUUGUGGAUAAGGUGUUAAGAUUAAUGCACAUGGGAAAAUCUGAACUGAGAUGACAUAACAUUCUCAUGCACAACAAAUAGGUCUACUUUAGGUUAAAUAAUGAUAUCCUCAAUAGCUGUAUUUUAUGAAAUUAAACUGGAAUACUGUAAUGAUUCAAUUUAGUGCCUGGGGCUCUAAUUAACUGUUGGCACCUCAACGAAGGACAUAAAUUGGAGUGGGACUCUUAUUAGGGAUGGGGCACUUACCGUAAAUCCUCAAAUUAGCGCCUGGGGCACAUACUUCAAAUUUAGGAGAACAGGGGGGUGCUUCUUUA